UUAUCAUCAAAACCCCUGGUUUAGUAAUAUUUCUGUUAUUAUGAAUUCUGAAGAAUUAUUUGAAUAUUCAUCUGAUCAAGGUGUUUGUUAUGGACAGGUAUUAUUAAUUGCAAAGAUUGAAAUAGAAAAGGGAAAACCUUCACUUAAUCUAGCACUAAUUCAAUGGUAUGACUUUAAGUCACAAAGUCAACCAUAUUGCUACGGAUGUCCUCGAUUACAAAUUAAAGAAUUAUAUAAUUUUAUAGAAAUAGAAGCUAUACAAGAUAUAGUGCAUAUAAUACCACGUUUUAGAAGUAAAAAUGAAUUUUUUGUUAAUAAUUUUAUUUUUUAA